GCCGACACGUUUGGAAUAAACGCUCACCACAGCGGCGCUGUACCAUCAAAGCAGCGGUCAUUUCUAUGUAUGCCCAACCACGACACAUUCCGCAACCACCGCACAGCGCUGGUGAACCAUACAAGGGUUUACGCGCUCGCAUAGACCCCAGUCAGAUUCCUUCACCGUUAGAUGCGAUCGAAGCCGACAGAGAGCAAUGGGAAGGGAAAACAUACUUGACAAUGCCUGGAAACAAUCCUCCCCUUUCAACUACAGACUUUGUUGCCAUUGAUCAAGGCAAUUCAACACCAAAGUUCGUUCGCGUGUCUACGUGGAACAUCCCCAACUCCUCUCAUCUUGCUAGGGAAUGCGAAAUCCCCCUAUCAGCCGUUUUCCAGCCAUUUGCAGAUCAAGAUUCUCGCGAAGAAGCAAUUCCCCUGGUCGAGUGUGGUGAAACAGGCCCAGCUCGUUGUGCGGAGUGCAGAGGGUACAUAAAUCCUUGGUGCACAUGGGUAGCCGGCGGAAACAAGUGGAAAUGUAAUUUAUGUGGUUGUGAGACAGAAGUUUCCCAAGAUUAUUUCUCAAAUCUGGAUGCAAAUCUGAUGCGGUUGGACCACUAUCAGCGUCCAGAACUCAACAAGGGAACGGUUGAUUUCGCUGUACCCAAAGAGUACUGGGCACCACCUCCUCCACCGAAACUCGCACCAUCCUAUUUUUCCCUAGAGCCUCCACGGAGUACCCCACGGGAACCUCAGGCUAUGAAUUACGUCUUCGCUUUCGAUGUUUCUUCUGAGGCUAUGCAUUCUGGAUUCUUAAGCUCUUGUUGCGCUUCCCUUCGGGACAUGCUAUUCGGAGGCACCACAGAGGACGGUCUCGCAUUCGAACCUUGUUUUCCUCAGGGUAGUCAAAUUGCUAUCUUAUCGUUUGACACGACCCUACAUUUCUAUAACCUCUCAUCAAAUCUAAGACAAGCAAGUAUGAUAAUUCUGUCUGAUCUGGAAGAAAUCUUUGUACCAUUGAAAGAAGGACUUUUCGUAAAUCCGAUGGAAUCACGGGGUCUAAUUGAAGAUUUGUUAGAAGCUUUGCCCCUCCGUCACGAGGAUACGUUGAUUCGGGAAGUCGCUCUUGGUUCUACCAUCCUAAGUGGUUUGGCGGCCCUGGCAGAUUCUGGUGGGCAGAUUGUGUUAUUUCUGAGCACGAUGCCUACUGUAGGACCCGGUGCUCUGGAACCACUCGGAGGUGAAUCAGACGUAUAUGGAACAGACAAAGAAAAGACACUAUUCUUGCCUCGUAAUCAAUUCUGGAGACAGGUUGCAGAAGAGUGCACGGAGGAUGGCAUCGGCAUUAGCAUGUUCCUGGGCAUGAAUAAAGCGAUAGAUGUCGGUUCAAUUGGCAUCUUGACUUCGACGACGGGAGGCGAACUUUUCUUUUAUCCUCGGUUUGAUCCUUCUCGUGACGGCAUUGUCCUCGAUUCCCAAUUGCGUCGUCUGUUUUCAAGGACCACAGUGUACGAUUGUUUGAUUCGUAUACGUUGUUCCAAUGGACUUCGCGUCUCGAGGCAUUACGGUAACUUUCAUGAACGUUCUGUGACUGAUCUGGAAUUGGGCAUCAUGGAUUCCGACAAAGCCAUCUCGGUCUCUUUAGAACAUUCUGGGACUCUCGACGAGCGACAAUAUGCUUUCCUUCAGAGUGCCGUCUUAUAUACGACUACUUCAGGACAGCGUCGCGUUCGCACGUGUAACAUAGCACUUCAAGUUGCGUCAUUGGCCGGUACGGUAUUUCGAUACGCAGAUAUGGAUACGGUUGUAUGUCAUCUCGCAAGAGACUCCAUAUACAACCUGAGCUUCCGUAGAAUGUCGCAUAUCAGAGAGGAGUUGACUGAAAAGUGCUCUUCACUUCUUCUUGGAUACCGACGGAACUGUGCGGCUUCGACGGCACCUUCACAGUUAAUUAUUCCUGAGGCGUUCAGAGCACUACCGGUAUAUGCCUUGGCCAUAUCGAAAACUAAACCUCUGAAAGGCCGUAACGUGUCCGCGGAUGUACGCAAUUAUUACGCUCAGAAGCUUCUUUCGAUGGGUGUUCGUAGCACACUGCAACAUCUUUAUCCCCGACUUCUCGCUCUGCAUGACCUUGACGAAACCAUCGCCCUACCAAAUCCUGCAGGCGACAUAUCAUUACCGUCGCUGAUGCGGACCAGUCAUAUGUAUAUGGAAGCUCAUGGCAUAUAUCUGAUCGAUAACGAAGAAUGCACGAUCUUUUGGAUUGGAUCAAGUGUCUCACCACAACUCCUGAGUGACCUAUUCGGUGUCGAUGACAUCGUAAAUUUGAGCCCCUCUGCCGUUCAGCUGCCACCCCUACAGACGCGUCUAUCAGCCCAAGUGCGCAACAUUUUGGCUCAUCGCUAUGUACAGCGCGGCCGUGUCCCGAAGAUGCUGAUCACACGUCAAAACAUGGACGGUAUGGAGAUCGAAUUUAGUGAUAUGCUCAUUGAAGACCAGAACAAUGCCGCUAUGUCCUACCUCGAUUAUUUGUGCCUGGUGCACAAACAAAUCAACGUUGCUCUCACGAGUGGUGGAUCAAUAUCUGGAGGGCCAAGUCUUCGUGGUGCUCCGUGGUAGCUAAGAGACUCUCACAGACUUUUGUCGUAGCAGUCCCAUUAAAAUAUAGUUCGAUCGCGUCGAGGAGCCGAGAGGUAAUAUGCAAUUAACAUCCAAACCACACAAAGUGAAAUAUGACU